GCAGCAACAUUGGGUAUUCUUUAUAGGAUCACUGCUGUGAUCCUCUAGUUGUCUCUCUUCCUCGUUGCUGCUUCUCUCCCUUGUAAUCAUAAAUCGAGUCCCAUCAUUGAACAUUGACCGCAAACACCAUGGCUGCCCCAACAGACCAAAGAAUAGCCGUUCCUAUCGACGAUCCAAACGCUGACACAGAAUGGAACGACAUCCUACGGAAGCACGGCAUCAUACCGGAGAAACCACCCUCACCUACCCCCAUGAUUGAAGAGGCGAUUCUCGAAGGCCGCCGAUUAGCGCAUGAGAACAGACUGGAAGGAAAAGAACUCGACGAACUUGAUGCCCUUGAAGAUGAGGAAGAUGAAGCAUUUCUAGAGCAAUAUCGACAAAAACGCAUGCAAGAGUUAAACAAUCUCACAAAAAAGUCGAUACACGGAACGGUGUAUCCGAUAUCAAAGCCUGACUAUGCCCGAGAGGUUACCGAAGCUUCAAACAAUGGCCCUGUGUUUGUCAAUCUUACAUCUCCACUGGGAACCAACAUUGAGUCAAGAGUCCUUUCGGAGCUCUGGCGUCAAGCUGCAAAAGAGUAUGGAGACAUCAAGUUUUGUGAAAUUCGAGCAGACAAGGCGAUUGAGAAUUACCCCGACCGAAACUGCCCCACCAUUCUUGUGUAUAAAAAUGGCGACAUUGUCAAACAGAUUGUUACCCUCAUGACUAUUGGCGGCGUGCGGACAAGCAUGAUGCAGAUCGACGAUCUUCUCGUAGAAGUUGGCGCAGUUGACGCAAAAGACAUGAGAGUGAUCAAACGGAGGAGGGAUGCAGAAGAUGCUAAAGAGGAGAAACGGACGAACAAGGGUAUAAAGAAUGGAAAUGUUAGACAUGCAACGGUGGAGGACGAUGAUGAUGACUGGGAUUAGGGAGGGUUGAGAUGGCCGAGCUGAGACAACUUGUCAUCAGCCAACAACCGCCUUCGUUAGCGACAGUCUUGCAUCAUCGCCCGCCGACUUCCUUGGUGCUCGUGUGAAUCGUUGAGCCAUCGACCUUCUCCUUGCCUACCUAUCUACAUAUGUAACUACGCGACGCAUUGGGAUUCGAACACAUCAGAUACCAAUUGUGUAGAAGAAGCCUUUUCAAUCCACGACUUGGCCAAUUUGGAGAACAGGAUUCUCUGCAUAC